AAGCCCGAGGAGUUCCAGAUCCCAGCUCCUCCUCCUUCAAGAUUUCUCUUUCAGCCCCUCAGUUCCUACUCACUCAAACACAGAGUUCCAGUUCCCUGGUGCUCUGCAGGCUCCAGAGGGGGAGGAGGCGGAGCAGGAGGCGGGGAUUCCCAGUUAAAAGCCUCCAGAAUCUAGUACCAGGCAGACGGAGCUGAAGUACCAGGGCCUCUUCCUCUGGGUCUGAAUCAGUCGGUGACCCCGCCCCUUGGAUUCUGUAAGACCCCACCAUGGGACAUCCCCCAGCCGCUGCAGUCUGGAUCUGGACGUUUUUGCUAUUGGUGUUGGAAGCCUGGACAGGACACUUGAGGGCACAGGAGUCCAAGGUGCUGGGUGGCCAGGAGUGUGAGGCCCAUUCACAGCCUUGGCAGACAGCCUUGUUCCAGGGUGUCCGGCUGCUAUGCGGGGGCGUCCUCAUCGAUGACAACUGGGUCCUCACAGCAGCCCACUGUAAAAAACAGAAGUACACGGUACGCCUGGGGGAACACAGCCUGAAGAAAAAGGACAGUUCAGAGCAAGAAAUGGCUGUGGCUCAGUCCAUCCCACACCCCUGCUACAACAGCAGCAGCGAGGACCACAGCCAUGAUCUCAUGCUCAUCCGACUACGUGGUCAGGCAUCCCUGGGGCCCCAAGUGAAGCCCAUCAACCUGGCGGAUCACUGCCCUCAAGUUGGCCAGAAGUGCACCAUCUCGGGCUGGGGCACCGUCACCAGCCCCCGAGAGAAUUUUCCUGACACCCUCAACUGCGCAGAAGUAGAAAUCUUUCCCCUGAAGAAGUGUAAAGAUGUCUACCCUGGGGAAGUCACAGAUGGUAUGAUUUGUGCAGGAGACAGCAACGGGGCCGACUCAUGCCAGGAUAGGGUGCAGACAGAGGAAGGGAUAAAGGGAGCAAGAGAUGUCCAUGAGGGAAAGAGUCUGAAGCUAGAGGGUGAGCAAGCUCCCUGCUCCCUUCCGCAGGAAUUUGUGAGGACUCUAUCACUGACCAGCUAGCCAGCCACCUUUCUUUGGGACCUGAUUGGGUUUCCUAGCACGGUGGCCUUCUCCUAUGAUUUGUUCCUUGGGAAGCAAUACUCUCUUGCCAACUGGCCAGAGAAUGGUGCCACUGACUUUAAUCCUCCCUCAAUGAGCUCCCCAUCCCCAAGAUAACAAAUCUUGGGAUUUGCCAUAGAUGUAACAGUCGUUCUUAUUUGGCUGCAGUUUCAGUCUUCAGGGCUCCCCCAGCUUUGUCUCCCUCAUGGAAGUCCCACCCCCUUUGCUAAUGAUUGGUCCCUGAAGACAAUGCUUCCAUGCUUUCUUUCCUAUUGGCCAGGAAUGAAAUCAUUUCCAUCAGUGUCCUCCCAGGAAAUCUAAUCUCUCAGGAUGGUUCCAGUUCCAUAGAGACAAAGAUCUCUUCCCAAAAGACCCCACCAUUGCCCCUUGCAAGUGUGUGUGUGUGUGUGUGUGUGUGUGUGUGUGACCACAAGAACUCUGCUCCUUCCCUCUCUUUGGUAACCGGAUUCAAAGAUCUGUUCGCCACUGGCAGGAACCAAGACAUCAGCUCAGUCCCCUCCAUGUAAUCCUCACUGUUUUCUUUCUGACUUGGACGUUUGAGACAUCAUUCUCUUCCCUCCUUGGUCAGGAUGUCCCCCGUUGCCCUUGCACACCCAGUGUGUGUCCCAGUACAUGAAGCCCCACCUUUCUCUGUCACCAUUGGUCCCAGGAUACAAUGCUCUUAUCCCUAUUGGUUAGAGGAACCAAUCAGCUACAGAACUAGUACUAAAUGUGGGAUGCAGCGG